UCUAAUAUCUCCUGGCACGAUCAUGGCAUAAAAAAUCCCUGCCUGCUCUCUUCACACAGACAUAACUGCAUUAUAUGACUGGAAAUUCCCCAGACUGUAUCCAUGGUGACGCCUCGCGCGUACCGUCGAUAUUUACAUCCUGUUGUAGGUCCACUAUCACCUACUAGUUAUUCAUUUUAAUAAAGCCAAAUGAAUAUAGAUGAUAUACUCGAUGCAUGUCAAACCAAGAAGUGGGAGUCGUUAAAUAUCAGUCACCGUGGUUUAGUUUUACUGCCAGCUCGCAUGUCAAAGCUGGUGACUUUAAAGAAGUUGUUCCUGAACAACAACCGUCUUAUUUUACCCCCUGAAGAGAUUAUUCACCUUGAUCAGCUUGAAGAACUCAUCCUGGAUCAAAACCAGCUGACUGUACUUCCUAAUAACAUCAGCUCACUGAAACACCUGACAUACCUGGGAGUAAACCACAACCCACUCUCUGUCCUCCCUGAGGCUUUGGGAGAACUCGGAGAACUCAAAGAGCUUUGGGCAAUAAACUGCGGACUCAUUUCCAUCCCAGCAUCUAUUGGCAAACUCAGCAAAUUGCAAAAACUUGGUCUGAGUAACAAUUCCAUCACAACUUUGCCACCUCAAUUUGGGAACCUCAUAAAUCUGAAGUGGUUGAACUUGGCUGAUAAUAAAAUAGAAGAUGUACCAGAAAAUUUGAGAAACCUACAGUCGCUAGUCUUCAUCAACUUGAAUAAAAACAACUUCAAAAUGAUUCCAGUGGCACUCACAGAAAUGCAAAGUCUUCAGGUUCUUCUUAUUAACUUCAACAGUAUUACCUCAUUGGAGGAUGAUUUAGUCCUUGGUUUCAGCAGACUUAUAAAACUUGACCUCAGACAGAAUCCAUUAAUGCACAGACCACAUCACUGGAAGGGUCUGGAUUUUAUAUUGCUAGGCAGCACAGAAACUGCAAUGGAUGAUAUAUGAUCAAUACACAAUAAAUUUGAAUUGUCCAGUGUUUGGUUUUCACAUGACUGUUUAUAACAGAAGGAACUACAGUAAAAGAUUAUAUAAUUAACACACAAUGGAAUACAAACAAAUCAUUUUAUUGUGGUCAAAUAAAUCUAUCUUCAAUUGGUCAGGCAGGAUUCUUCAUUCUUGACUGAUGAAGGGAUUCAUCUUAAAAAUAUACUUAUUGAGAACAGGUUAAAAUAUAACACCUAACAAAAAUAUGUUACAUUCCAGAUAUUAUAUAAUGCUGUAAAUAUAAAUGUAAUUUAAUUAAUUUAAAAAUAUAAUUGAGGUUUCUAAAGUGAAGCAUUACAUUAUUAGAUAUAUAUACUGUAAGAGUGUCAGUAUACAGUAGAUGGUGCUGUACUGUGAGACUCCAUUAGAACGUUAAAAGUGAUGAGCAGAUUGAAGUUGCCUUCAUUUUAUAGCUGAACACAAUAUGCAUAUAUUACAUUACCACAUCAAUGAUUACCUUUAUUCCAUUUUCAAAAAUAUCAUAUUUGUGUAUUGUACUCCUUCAUAUGUUUAAUGA